AUGGAAGAAAACGGAGGAAACAUCCACGCUGAUAGUACCUUUUGCGGUUCUCCUGCGGUAGUUCAAGUUAUACAAAAGGUGAUUGCAGAGUUGAUAGGGACAUAUUUCUUAAUAUUUGCAGGGUGUUGUUCUGUGAUUAUUAAUAACGCAGAAGAGACUAAAGGGAGAAUUACCUUUCCUGGAAUAUGCCUAGUGUGGGGUUUCUCAGUGACUAUCUUGGUUUAUUCUCUUGCUCACGUUUCUGGUGCUCAUUUCAAUCCAGCGGUCACUCUUAGCUUUGCCAUCUAUCGCCAUUUCCCUUUGAGACUGGUGCCUCUUUAUUUUAUUGCGCAAGUACUAGGAUCUUUCCUUGCUAGUGGGACAUUGUACCUUCUCUUUGAAGUAAACGAGAAAACUUACUUUGGAACAAUACCAUCAGGAUCUUAUAUUCAAUCUCUUGUUUUUGAGAUACUUACGUCAUUUCUCUUGAUGUUUGUUGUGUGUGCAGUUUCCACGGACAAUAGAGCGAUUGGAAAAUUGGGAGGGAUUGCAGUUGGUAUGACAAUCAUAGUAAACGUCUUCAUUGCCGGACCAAUCUCAGGAGCUUCCAUGAACCCAGCUAGAAGCCUUGGACCAGCUUUGGUGAUGUGGGUUUACAAUGGAAUUUGGAUUUAUGUAGUUGGACCAUUUGUUGGUGCCAUACUAGGUGCUACAUGCUACAACUUGAUUAGAUAUACUGACAAACCACUCAGAGAAAUUGGUGCAAGCUCAAAAAUAUUUAAAACCAGUGCGUGUACAAGUGCUACAUAACAUUUAGG